UCAGAGCGUGCGGCGAGACGAAGCCCUCCUCUUCAUCCUCCUCCUCCUCCUCCUCACCCUCUGCCGCCGCCCCGGCAGCCGCGCAGCGGAGCAGGGCGCGCUCGCCCAGCACCGCUCCGCUCCGCGCCCGCCCAGCCAGACCCACCGACGGACUCGCGGCUCCGUGGCGGCCAUGGAGCACCGCGGCGCCUCCCCGCUCCUCCUCGCCCUCGCCCUCCUCAGCGCGCUCUGCUGGCGGGCGCGGGCGCUGCCCCCGCGGGCAGCCGCCUUCCCUCCCGUCCCGCGAUUGGGAAACAGAAUGCCAUUUGAUGGAGCCAGUGAACCUGACCAUGCCCGUGGGUCAUUAAAGUCAGAAUCAGAUAUUUUGCAGAGCACACUACCUGAAAAUGAGAAAUUCUAUUUUGAUCUGUCCAGAAUUAUUGAUAGAAAUGCAAGGCAUGCUGAUGGAAUUUUCACCAGUGUCUACAGCCAUCUUUUGGCUAAACUUGCUGUGAAGAGAUACAUGCAUUCGCUUAUUAGAAAACGAGUUAGCUUCCAGGACAGUCCUGCCAAACGCCACUCUGAUGCUGUCUUCACUGACAACUACAGCCGCUUUCGAAAGCAGAUGGCUGUGAAGAAAUACUUAAACUCAGUCUUAACUGGAAAAAGAAGCCAGGAAGAGCUAAAUCCUGCUAAACUUCGAGAUGAAGCAGAACUUCUUGAACCAUCCUUUUCAGAAAACUACGAUUCUGUAGAUGAGCUGCUGAGCCACCUCCCACUGGACCUCUGAAGGACACCUGGUAGUCUGUGACAAGAACAAGCUAUUUUUGAGUUCCACAUAGUAUUUCAAAGAGAUGACUUUAGUCAUCAAACCAGAACAAAUAUGUUGUGAAGUGAAAGUUGUGAUAUAUUUGUUUCUUACGUAAUAAAAUUGAUAUUUACAUUGUAAAUAUUACUCUAGAGUUCUCUACUGAAAGCUGUACAUAUGGAUGCCAGUUUAACUCAUGAGAAGUCUGUGAGUCCAUAUGCUGUAAAUCCUUUACUUCAAUAAAUUCAUUUGAAAAUGA